CAUUGCCAUUGCUCAAUAAUUUCACCCAUAUCUACCCAUAGCGAGUCGAUUUCCACAAUAAAAUACAACCCAUCAUGUCGUUGAUCGACAAGGGCCUCGCCUCGCCUCUCCCCGUUCACGAUGUCCCUCUUCACGAUCUUGAAUCAUCCUCUAGAGCAGCCGAUCAUCGUUACUCGUCGAUGAGCAGCAGCUUCAGUAGCAGCAACCACAAUGAUAGCCUUCAGGAAUACCUCAGUCAGGUUACGGACAUGGCGGAAGCUUUCUGCACCAAAGUGGCCAUAAUAAUCACCCCAAGUUACCUACAACAAUACGUGGGAGGAACGCCCCGACCGGCUACUAAGCCGCACGCCAUCGCGGCCCUGGACGGACUGCGCGGCUGGGCCUGUCUGCUCGUGUUCAAUUUCCACUUCCUCUUUACUUACACUUGGAAAGUCGCAUUGGGUUGGGGGUUCAAUGGGGAGAAUUUCGCGCUGUGGCAGUUGCCGAUACUGCACAUGCUCGUCUCAGGCCAUAUCAUGGUGGCCAUCUUCUUCGUUAUCUCUGGCUACGUCCUCUCCUACAAGCCGCUCAAGCUGAUUCGCAGUCGCGCCUGGGAACAGACCUUCACCACCCUCGCCUCGGCUACAUUUCGACGAGCCUUGCGCCUUUAUAUCCCGUCAUUUGUGGGGAUCACUCUUGUCUUUCUAGCCGUGCGCUUGGGAGCCUUCCACCCGUCCCGGCGUGUCCUGGUUGAGGGCCACACAAUCCUGGGCACUAAUGAGCAGCAUCCACCCAUCAUGCGCUCCUUUACCAAGCAGUUCUGGGAUGGCUACUCGACACUCGCACAACUAAUGGACCCCUUCAACUGGUCUCUCUACUACAACAAUUACAACCCGCACCUGUGGACCAUUCCUGUCGAAUUCCGCAGCUCCAUCGUCCUUUUCCUCACCAUCUUGGGCACCUCGCGCCUCGGGACUCCCAUCCGUAUCAGUCUCGUUAGCGGUCUCAUCUGGUUCUGCAUGCGCUUUGGCCGCUGGGAUGUCGUGCUUUUCCUGUCCGGCAUGCUCCUCGCAGAGGCCGACCUCAUUCACGGCACCUGGGAACAACGUCCCAUUCCUGCCGGCACAUCCUCGAGUACGACCACAACCGCAACCAUUGAUGACAAUCCCAAACCUCAACUCCGCCGCUUUCUCCCUGCCAAAUCCCGUUCCUACCACUACCCUGUUCUCUCCCGCCUCUCUACCCGCCGGAUCCCUUAUCGCAAUAUCUGGAUUGCCCUCUUCAUCAUCGGCCUCUACCUGGGCUCUACCCCGAAUACCGGCUACAAAUGGACCCCGUUCUACAUGUGGACCUGGAAGAUCACUCCCAAAACCUACCCCGAGCCGCACCGCUUCCCGCAAACCAUUGGUGCCAUCCUCAUCGUCGCCAGCAUCAACCACUCCCCGGAGAUCCAACGUCUCUUUACCAACCGCCUCUCCCAGUAUCUCGGCCAGAUCUCCUUCGCCUUCUAUAUCGUGCACGGCCCCAUCCUUCACGGGCUGGGGUACACCAUCAUGCCUCGGCUGUGGGCCAUCACCGGCCGGGCGACGGACUUCCAGGCCGGACUUGCGUACCUCCUAGGGUGGAUGAUCUGUUUGCCCAUUGCCCUGUGGGCAGGAGACCUGUUCUGGCGGGCGGUAGAUAUUCCCAGUGUGAGGUUUGCAAGGUGGGUGGAGGAGAAGGUCAUUGUCAAGGGGCCUGUAACUGUGUCCAGGCCUGCGCCCGGGAGCAGUGGCGAGCGACGGGAUUGAUUCCCUUCCUUUCUAUGUCUGCUGCUGCCGCAGCCGCAGCUCGUUUACUAUCAUCUAGUUGCAAAUGUAUUCCCUGCUGGGAUUUCAGGUUAGCGAGCGUCACUUCAUGUUAAAUUCAUUGGAUCAGUCACGGGUUUGGCUGUACAUAUUUCAUGGUCUCAAUC